UUUGUUAAACCAGUCGUCUGCAUGUAGCCUGGAGUAUCGUCAUCUUUUACAUAAUUCCCGUUAAUAAGUAGCUGAGAGCACAUAGUCACGGCACGCGUUAUCGUUUCAUCUAUCUAAAAAUAGAAUAGUUCGCGGAAUACUUCACUCAUUACAGGGGUUUCCCCAAAACACGGAAGUCCCAUAUAAACAAAGCACAGUUAGAGCCAAACAAACAGUCAACACAUCGACGUCAAACCAGGAGAUUGAGAAAUGAAGAAAUCGACCAGUAUGUUAUGUCUGCCGAUAUUUCCCAUAUAUUUUACCUCCUGCCAGAGCCCUCAACCGGUAUCCGACGUCUUUUGAAUUCUCUUGAACCUGCAUGUACCAUGUAGUGUUUGACAUCACAGCGUGAAGACUGAACUAUUAAAGCGUAUUCUGUUACCAUGGGGACUAUCGGUGACACCGUACUUAAACAGUUUGGACCUUCGGAAGAGGAACAACCGGAACAAUCAACACCAAUACAAGAAGAAUACAUUUCAGCUAGAGAAGAUCGAGUACCAGCUGACGAAAAUACCCAAGGCACUGAUAUCGAUUUGCCCAUUCAGCACGAUCCGAAAGGGGAACCUUCUGACAAGUCGAAGGCUGUGCCAACCGGAUGUGAAAUCAUCUACCAACGUGACAACUUUGAAGACUAUGAUUAUGCAGCAGACGUUGAUACUGUCAGUGAUGAUAGUGAUGUCCAGGUACAUCACAGCUCUCAAAUCAUUCAAACUAAAACCGGAAACGACAGCAGUGUCAGUAAAAAUGCACACAUAGAUCUCAGCUCCUCUGACAACGAGGCAAGCAUGUGUGGACGUUCCACUCCCGAAGACGACGUGGAAAUCGAGGAAGUAGAUCUAAUAAAAAGAUCACACGAGUUGGAUGAGCUUAUUGCUGAAGCAUACCUCAUGAUCACGGCAAAAGAACCUGAGAAAGCACGCAAAAUUGUCACCGAUAUUUGCGGCCGACUUGACCAAUCUUAUAACAGUGACAAGGACUAUCAGUAUCUUGAUUACAGUAACUACUUUCACGAAUGUGCCGAAUUGUACCGACAGGUUGCUGACCCAAGCAAUGCCGUGAAGAUGUUUUAUAGAGGUGUCUUACACCAGGAAACUGUGAUCGUUACACACCACUUAAUGAUCGCUGCAUUGCUUUGGGAAGAGCUUAUAAAUUCAACAGUAUUAUUACAAGAGGUCUUAAGCAUCGCACAUGGGAUACAGAUCCUCGCAGACAUCAAGCUAGAACAGUCGGGUGGAACAGCGGUCCAAGUGCCUUUGUGUAUUUAUAAUGACCUUAUGAUGACCUUCAAAACAAUUCAGAUACAGAACCCACGGUGCACUGGUGCAAAGGAAGGGAAACUUAAAGCGAUGCUUCCGUGGCUAAGAUGUCUCCUUACUAGUGGUGUAUCACCUCACAUCGUAACAGGUAUAUGUAAAGGAGUCCUGAAGGAGUAUCCUGACAACGCUUCAAUCCUUGAAAUAUGGGCACGUGCUUUACUUGGUAUGGGAAAACUUGAUCUGGCGCUGAGGAAGACAGAAUCUGCACUUCUUUAUGUGAAGAAUCCAAAGCAGAAAUCUGAAUUGGAAGAAUUACAAAGGGAUCUUACUGCAGGAGUUAGGACAUCCAUCAGAGCAGUAGAUGACAGCUCGCCUAUUAUGUCGUGGAUAGAAGGUAGCAAUUACAUGGAACCUCAUAGGAACAGCCCCCAAGUUGAGAAAUUAAAGGAAAAUCAUGUCAAGAAACCCCAUCGUAGGCCCAAAGCUAGGAAAUCGACAUUGGCUACUUGUCUAGAUUUUGCAAGUGAGGUUGACAAAAAGAAGGAAACAGCACGUUCAAGUUCAGCAUCGCCAUAUUGGGAUAGUCAUAUUAAGAAGAAACGCCGACGACGUAAUACAGCUGGAUCCGAUGUAUCAUCGACUGGAAAUGGAAAGAGCCUACAACAAGAUUUGCUAGAAGAAAAAGUCUACAUCGCAGGCUUGGGAGAAGGCGACGACCACUCAAUAGAAAGCGAUGAAGAAUUUGACGUUUCAGAAAUAUUAAGAUCGAGUAUAUUUGAUUUGGACUUAGGAGACCCUGAUGAAAGCUCCGAUGGGGAAUCCAUAAGAAACGCUGAUGUUGAAUCAAUGUUUGAACAAAGUAUUGAUGUCGACACAGAAAACGCUGAGGAAGGCAUACAAGAAUGCGAACAGCUCUUGAUCAUACAUGGAGCGGAGCUUUCUCCUAGAUUCAUUGCCAAAUGUGCCUUUCAGGACAAAAAGAACUAUUACACCAAUAGCCUGUCGAUUGACGAGCUCAAGGAUUUGACCAGAAAGGAUCCAGGACGAUUCAAGAAAUGUACGCUAAAGAUAGAAUCAGCUCACAAGGCUAUAUGUGGACUGUUACAACCAGAAGGUGAUCUGAAGGAAAUAGAGAUCAGCGGCAGAUCGAAAUGCGGAAAAAACUUCAUGGAAGAUGAAGUUGUCGUCGAAAUACUUAACAAUGAUCAAAAACAGUCCGAUGUUAUACCUCGUUUAAACAAAAAACUGAAGACUACUGGAGCAGAGACAAAAUAUGGAAAGGUUGUUGGUAGACUGAGUAGGAAACGAUUUCGCGACAUAGAACACCCAGUGUUGGUUUGUGGACUGGAUGAGCUUGAAUACCAUUUAAUGCGACCGCUCGACAAAACCGUGCCUAAGUUACACAUAUUCAACAAGCAUGUUGAGAACAAUUUCCAAGUCGAGGUUUACGAUUAUGACUCUUGUUCUUGUGAUUUGAAAUUCAGCAAUGUUGUUAACAUUAAUCCUGCUCAAAAACACAGUUACGUAUUUCUUGUUGUAUUCAUACGCUGGGAUGCAGUUUAUCCUCUAGGAGCAGUGAUCAAAGUCAUGAGAUCUGACGGAGGAAUAAACAGUGGCUUGAAAAUCCUAGAGUUGCAGCAUCAAGUGCCAACAACCUACAACCAUGAUACGAUUCAAAGUGUUCAAAGUAUCAUGAGCACAAUGCCGGAAGAACCUGCUCCGAUUCUAACAGAAGAUAGAAUAGACUUUUCGGAAUCACUGUCCGUAUUCACGAUUGAUCCGAAGGACUCGAAAGAUCUUGAUGAUGGACUUAGCAUCCAACGACUUUCAGACAAUGUUUACGAGGUCGGAGUCCACAUUGCAGACGUUACAAGCUAUGUACACAAAGGAGACGCAAUUGACGAAGAGGCGAAAUCUAGGGCAACAACAUUCUAUCCAGGACACGCAAAACCACCCUACCACAUGUUGCCCGAACCACUAAGUCAAAAUCUAUGCAGUUUACUCCCAAACAAGAAGAAACUCGCUCUCUCUGUCUUUUUGUACUUUAGUGCUGACGGAGAGUUAAUCCGUCAACGCACAAGCAUAAAACAAACCGUAGUCAAAUCGAGAAGACAGUUCAGCUACCAGGACGUUCAAGAUAUAAUCCUUGAUUCAACGGUUGACGAUGAAACAACCUCCUCUGAUAUCAUUGAUUUGUUUCGAAUUGCAAAGGGAUUGCGCUGGAGAAGACUAGGUGAAUCGAUGCAUUCAUUUCCAAUAGAAGUGGAUUUGCUGAACGGGAGGGAAAGUGAACGAAUGUUCGACACUCUAGAAGCUCAUUUCCUUGUUGAAGAAUUUAUGAUAUUAGCAAACAUGACCGCUGCCUCGCUGGUGAGCUCAAGCUUUAGGGACUGCGCUCUUUUGAGAUGCCAGAAUGCUCCACCUCCUGAGAAAGUGAAUCAAUGGCUGAAUGAUUAUCCAAGGAUUGCUGAUGUCAUUUUGAAACUACAGAACAUAAAGCCAACUCCACAACGACAACUUAAAAUAGCUAACGCUCCAAAGGCAAGGUACAGAGUCGUUAUUGAACUGCAAAAGUGGAUUUGGUCUUGUUUAGAGCAGCAUGUCAAAGAUGGAAACUACAGGGAUGCAUGCAAACUGAUCGGCAGUGAUGAAUUCCACCCCGAACAAGCAAUCGCAUGGAACGAAUGGAUAUGUUUUCAGGAGCACGCCGAGUAUAGAUGUCUUGGCUCUAUGAAAAACCGUAAGGAAAGGUUUCAUUUCACACUCAAUAUUUCUCCGUACACACAUUUCACGUCACCGAUUCGACGAUAUGCAGAUAUAGUGACCCAUCGUCUUGUCCACGCUGCCCUUAACAAAAAAGAAGUACCCUAUACGCGAUGCGAAAUUGAGGAUAUCUGUUACCACAUCAAUGAGGUUUCAAGAAGGGCGAAACAGUACAGUAAGCAAUGUAGAGCUCUGCAUUAUGGCCACGUUCUGCGACGUAACCCUGCCAUGUUCAAUGGCUUCAUAGAAACAGUUUCCGAUAAAUGUAUCCAGCUCUGCAUUCCAGGGAUGCAAGGUCUACCACAAAACUGUAGGGAAUUGCAACUCAACCUACUUGGUGUGUCACGGAAACCAGACAUAAUAAAAGACCGAGAUGACGAUAGACCAUUUGACAUUCUGACUUUAGCCUGGCAAAAGCGCCUUUACUCCCAUAGAGGCUAUGCUCCAUCCACGAGAGGUCUUGAGAACAUUCGGGUUGAUCCACACCAGAGAGCCAUCUUUCAACAAUAUUUACGUUGGCAGGAUCUUUUGAAGGUUUUGGUUCACGGAGACACUAAAUUGCUGAAGAAGAACUUCGCUGUAAACGCUGACUAUCAGGAAGGAGAUCAACUGAAAUCAUAUGUUCCGGCAUGCACAUCGACGGUCGUUGACGUAAGUUCAGAAGUCAGGCAGGGGGCCAUAACAAAGCAUUUCUGUGAGUUCAGCAUGUCCUUCAACCAUGCUCAGAUUCUGUUAGUGCAGAUUGGUGCAGAGCCACAGAAGGGAGUACUUGUACCAACUCCUCAGAUCUUAGAACUUACAAAUAAUUUCAUACUGUGUUUACAGCACACAAGUGACCCUGUUAAAUACUUGGCUAAGUAUGCGACAAGAAAAGCCCACACUGAAAACUACAAAUCCAUAGCCGAAUAUCUCGAAGUGUGGCUGUCGCUGAUACGCAUGGAAGCUGCAACAAUGGCGGGGCACGAUGACGCAAUCACCGUCAAUGAUCUCCCUGUUAAACUGAAUGAAAAAGAUGGUACUUUUUCAAUGACCAUGGAUUUUUGUGAAGACAGAAACAUUGAAUUCAGUAGCAUGUCAAUGGAAUUCAUUUUACAUGGAAACGAAGAUGACGAAAAUAGCGAUGAAACAAAGUACGUUCCUAGUUCAGACUUCCUUUGUCUGAAGUGUCGUUACGAGGUAGAUGACGUCAUCUACAAAGGUCUCAAAGGAAGCCCAGGAGAACAAAGGAUAUGGCUAGCGCACGGACAGGUGGAUAAAAUAAAGAAAAUGAAGAAAAUGGGAAGAAUUGAAGUACACUUUUUGCUUCAUCCUUCCAGCCAGAGCCUACCACCACAACUGUUGAACAGUGAGAGGAAACCUAAAUGUAGCGUUGAGAUCAUGGCGAAACCAGAAUCCAAUAGGAGAACGGAGGCUGCCUUACUUUGUUUGGAUAAGGCAAACGGUUUGGCGCAGAAGAUAGCUAUGCGAUUCAAGAUUCCAGCCCUAGACAAAAACCACUUGGCGUUAGCGAGAAGAAUGGAGGCAGAAGUUGACGUAGUGGGCCUAGCCCGGAACAACACCAAGCAAUAUCAGGCUAUACAACAGGCCCUUACCAAUAGAUUUACUCUAAUUCAAGGUCCUCCAGGAACCGGAAAAACUUUCACUGGAAUGAAACUGUUGUAUCUGUUUACCAAACUGAACAGAGUGUGGCAUCAAGAAGGCAACCCAUUAAAGCAAGUUGUCUAUUGUGGGCCUUCGAACAAGUCGGUUGACCUUGUUGCAAGGUGGACAAAGAAAAAACUUGGCGAGCAUGCACCAAGAAUGGUCAGAAUGUAUGGCUCUUCCCAUGAAUGUAUGGACUUCCCCAUUCCUGGAAAGUUAUACUCUCAUAAAUCUCGCAGAGCUAAAAACCGGCCUGAUGAAGAUCUUCAGGACAUCGCUUUACAUCGUCUGAUUCGGCAAGAGGGAAAACCUCAUGCUGAUGAGAUCUUGGAAUUUGACAAAUAUUUUCAACAGUUCCACAACUGCCCGUCAAUAUCAGACCACGAUUUGGCGGAAACGUUUAAGAACAAACUGAAAGACUACAACUCUCUUUUGAGUAAGGCAGGACAAGAAGAACUUCAACACUAUGAUGUCAUAUUUUGUACAACCGCUAUGACUACUAACCCCAAAUUCAUCCGUGGCACGAAAGACAAGAUUUUUCAAUGUAUUAUAGACGAGAAUGGAAUGUGCACCGAACCAGAAAGUCUUGCUACAAUCAUCGCCACAAAAGCGGAACAAGUCGUUUUGAUUGGAGACCACAAACAACUCCGACCUGUGGUCAUGUGUCAGCACGCAGCAAGACUCGGGCUGGAGAAGUCUCUCUUUGAACGAUAUUCAGAGAAAGCUGUAUUUCUGUCGACACAAUAUCGAAUGAAUCCACGGAUUUGCGAUUUUGUGUCAGCAGAGUUUUACAACGACAAGCUUGACACUGCUCCGUCUCGUGCAUGGAAGGAGGAAACACCCCUUAGCAUCUGGAAGUACCCUGAUGUGCCUCACAUCUUCUGCCACGUGGAAGGGGAAGAGGAAUAUUUAACAGUUUCUACAGAGGAGGGAAACGAGCACUCGUGCAGUAACAAAGCGGAGGUUGAGAAAGUGAUGCAAGUUUUCCGGCGCAUGUUGAAAACAGAAGGAGUGAACCCUCGGUACAUCAACAUUAUAUCACAGUAUAACGCCCAGUGUCAUGCCAUUAAGACGGCGUUGGUUGACUCUGGGUAUAUCAACUGUAACGUCAACACUGUCGUCGCCAGUCAGGGUGGAGAAUGGGACUAUGUCAUUUUCAGUACCACAAGAUCCCUUCCAGACUACAAGAUUGAACCGAAACCGACCCUUGGCUGGUGUAAACAGAACCUUGGCUUCAUCACAGAUGAGCACCAGAUCGACGUUGCCCUAUCCAGGGCUCGUAAAGGCCUUGUCAUUAUAGGAAACGAAAACCUGCUGCAAUGUGACAGAGUCUGGGAACGCCUUCUGGAUCACUAUAGGAAAAGGGGAUGUAUUGUGGACGCCAGAGAAUUCCCGCCUCGCACCAAGACUCAGAACAGGAGGAGGAGGGGUGGUGGGACCGCUUCACGACAAACAUCGGAGGAGUUUUAUAAAGAUACCGACCUAGGUUAAACACAUUCAUGUCUCUAUUCCUGGUAAAACAGUAUCCUUUACCGUUACGGGAACAUGCCAGCCUUGUACAGAUGCCACAAUUUCAUUUUGGUUACAUUGACUCUGUAUAUAGAAUUGUUUCCGUUUAUGAACGAUAAAAUUGCUCACACCUCGUCGAUUUUUAGUGUUGUUUGAAGACACAAACACGUGUGAAUCAUGACAGUGCAGAUAAGCGAUUAGAUGAUUGAGCAAAAAUGUCUUGUUUGUUUAAAUUUUCAGUUAUUUUAUAAACAAAGUUAACAUUCGUAUAGUAGCAAAUGAGAUGUUCUUCGAGAUGGUAUUUGCAAUCUAGAUCAAACUGCUACUUAAAUGUGAUACUUAAUCAAGUUCCAUAAACUAACCUGUAAUAAGUAUAUCCUUCAAAUAUAAUUAACUCAUUUAUUGCAUGAUGUAUUUUCGACUAGUAGCUGAAAUAUGUGUACAAUAUCAUAACUUGAGUGUCGAAAUAUAUAUAUUGUAUAUAUAUUUUAACAGUUUAAGGAGAGGGACAUGCACUCUGAGCCUGAUGUUAGAUAUGCCACGUUUCGUAGAUGCAAGACAUUGCUAUACACAGAUUAGUUAGACGCAAUGUCAGAUUUCUGUUUUCAAAUUGUUACGUCUGUGAUAGGAAUCGCGUACUUUCCUAGCUAACCUUUCCACCAAAUUCAGAAGAAAAAUUGAAACGAAAAGAGUUACGGAUAAUCACUAGCAUUACGAAUAUUACUUGUAAUACCCAUAUAACAGCCAUUUAUAGUAUUUUAGUAAUAAUCACCAUAUACCAGUUAUUGAUAUGUUUUAGUAUUACGUGUAAUUCCAGUAUCCAGUAACUUAUCUAGUUAGCUUCAAUAAGAAUAAAUGAUACUUCAAGGAAUAACUGUCAGAUAACAUUGUUAAUAAGAUUUAUAGAAUAUCUAUCUAAAUUACAAGACCCAACAGCUAUCAAAAUGAUUUUAUAAUACGUACUUGCUGUUCAAGUAAAAAGCGAAUAUGAUGGCACAAUUUUUGAAAAACUAACACUUGUAUACUUUUCGAAAUCAAGGAGACAGACAAGUAUGAGUGUUAAGUUCCUUAGUCUGAUUCGUUUCAAUAUAUUAUGUAAAAAAUGGGUCUUUUAAAAAAGAGGAACUCCAAUUACAAACGAAACGUGCCCUUUUAGUUAAUUAAAACACGUUUAGUUGCAUGAUACUGAACUUUUCAUAGGUUAGAUACAUUUUACAAUUGUAAAAGGAAGCGUUACCAUGAAAUAAUUUUGCUUGUGCUUUUUUCUCUUCUAUAUUCACAUCAACUAGAAAUUCAAAGUCAGAAAACAUGCGUCCAAGUAUUUGUUAAGUUGACACGGAUAGCCAAACAAAGUAAACGUUUACUACACUAUUAUGGCCAUGAAGAUACCAUUAGCGAAGGCAGAACAGGUGCAUAUCAAACCUUUAUUAAGUUACAAACUUGUAAGUUUUGCUUACAACAUACAUUUUGAAACCAGUAAAUCAUGCCAAAAUAAAAUUCUAGUAGCAUGGGUACGAGUAAUCUCGGAAAAAGAUAAUCUUUCAGCAGAGUCAACAAACCAGUGAGGCAAUACGAGUAUUAGAGAUGCUAGAAACCUAUGUUUACACAAUUCAACGUCUUAAAGUAUUUCAUGUUUGUCUAUUAUAACGUAUUUCAUGUUUGCCUAUUUUAACUGAAAUCGUGGUUUCGAAAUUGUUCUUUUUGUAGUGUUACUUAAUUAACAAUGUUAGUUGUCGUGUUAAUGGCACAAAGAAACUCACACAGCAGUAACAUUGACAUAAAUAUAUCAUUUUAAGGUGUUUUGUUUCCAGUAUGCUAAACUAAACCAGUUCUAAAUGUAUAAGCCAUUUGGAUCAAAUUCAUGUAUAUAUGAUACAUAGUUUAAGUAGGUUUGUCUCAGCAUAAUAACAUUGUCGCGUGUGAUAAGGACGCCAUGUUCAUCUACUCUGCGCUGCUGUAAAUACGUUUUAUUGUUAUAAUUGGUAUAUUGAUUUUAUUUCCCAGACGAACGUUUUAAUUUUUGCAAGAUGCAAAUUAUAAUUAUUAUGCUUCAGUUAAUGUAUCAAGUCAUUUUCUUGUCCAAUAUUUAAGAAUACGAUACCCGCGUGGUCAGUACUUUUUGGGUGCAUGAUUGUGCGCCUAUUAAUGGACAAAAAAGAUACUUGACCGAACUGACUGACUCUUGUUGAUCUUUUAUAAUUUUCAAAUCAUAUAUUGAAUAAAAUUAUCACAACCGUUACAUACUUACUUGUUAAAUAUUUAUUUAAAUUUAUGACCAAUAAAUGGAUAUCUGAUUCAGAUGACUUGUCUUCAGGAAAAUGUAACGAGUUCUGGGCCUAGUAUCUAUGACCAGCGGAGAAUGUUGUGGACAAGACAUUUUUAGGUUUUUAGUUUUGGUCAAUGUAUGCCAAUAACUAUGUGACUUAAUAGCUUAUAUAAAAUGUUAUAAAAAAUGAGAUAAUAGCUGUAAAAGUGUUUUGUGUGUGAUGUGAGAAGUGUGAAUGUAUUUGUAUUUCAAUUAAGUUAAUUAAGAAGGAGUCACAUCCCGUUAACUUUUGUGUUUAUAAUUUUCAUUUCAAAAUUGAUGUAUGAAAUUAAAUCAAAUAAAACAAAUGCAUAAUCCAUUACUUUAGCUAGCUUUGAAGAAAAUUUAUAUAGGCUUUGCCGAUUAUUCCAUCCAAUUGACUUGUAACAACUUUGUCAAUAAAAUUUGUUGAAAUGAAAUUAAGAUAUUGUCAGCAAGUGUGAAAACUUAUUGAUAUAUCUUAACUUUGGAACCAAUAUGACUUUUACGUAAAGAACGCAUCAUCCUUUACAAGUACUUAGUGCACUAAAACAUCAUUUUGCUAAAGAGCAGCUUUUGAUCUUUGAAAUUCGAGUGCAGCUAAAGAUGAUGUUUUAUAUAGAAUUUUUGUAUGUGGCAAUCAUAUUUUUCAGAAAGUAUUUUAAUGAUUCAUUGAUUUCUGUCUUUCUAUUUGUUUGUUUUUAUCAAGUAUUUUUUAUAAAAAAGAAAGCAAUUUUCCUGAAUCAUAUUGCAAUCUAAUAAGAAAUAUUACACAUUUUGAUAACCAUCGUACAUCAUUUUGUUAAGACACGUUAGACUGAUAUUACAGUAUUUCUCAAUUCUUGCAUGUUAAAUGUGUUAUGUUAAUUCUUUUUAUCUAAUUUUAAGAAACGAACUUUCAUAUUUAUUAGGUUUAUGUCUAGCUGAGGUAGUCCUUAUAAAUUUUACAACGAUUGUGAAACAAGUAAUUGCACCUAAUGUUAAUCAAUUGUUGGCCUGGAUGCUAGCGCGAAGGGGAUCUAAACGACGGAUGAAUCAUCACCUUAUCACGUCUGAUUGGGGAGUCGAACCCCGGACCGUCUUGGUGAAGGGCGAGUGCGCUAUUCAUCGUACCAUCCGACCUCCCAUUUGGAUGAUUAUCUAUAAAUAUGAAAGGAAUAUCGAACUUGGUUCAACUUAUUUGUUCAUGAAUAUUAUUCAAGCUUGUCAUUGGAUACACACUGUAGAUUGCAAACAAAGCUUUAUAUACUGUAUACCGGGAAAUUUACCCAAAGGCCAACCUUCUACUAUUCAUCCAUGGGAUCAAUUUUAACCCAGUGUUACUAUCGCCCUUCACCCCCUCAAAUUUAAUUACAUUGUGUAUAAUGUUGUUUACGUUUAUUUGUUGUAAUGAUAAAUGUGCCCACUUGACGGAGGGGGAAAAAACGCGAAAAUUAAAGUUUCCCUGUAAACAAUAUUACGCUUUCAAUCUUAAAAAUUGUGAGAUAAAUGAUACAGGAUUAUCAAUUAUCAAUUACUGCACCUACUUGUAAUUUCAAUACUUAAUUAUCAUUUUUUGAUGUUUUACUUUAUAGGAAUCUGUAUAACAUUUUUAUUUUUUAAUAUACAUUUAAAAUUUGAUAUUGAUUUCGAGUAAAUAAAUAUGUAUAACGUAUAAUCUCUGUUGAACGGUUUCUCUCAUAUUUGAUGAUCUCAUAAGAAUGUAAGAAACUCAUGACAAUAACAAUGUACAUGAUUAAUGUAAUUGUAUGCGACAUAUCUAGCAUAACUGUAUACCACAACUUUAUCAUGAAUGAAAAUAAAAUAAUUUUCAAAAACAAAUAA